AUGACUGAUUCAGAAGUAGGAGAUGUCAAACUCCCUCCGUUCUCUUUCACAAAGAAACCGGUUACUCUGAUACAUCCGAGCCCUCAUUCUGCCAUCUCUGACAUCAUUCCGAACUCAUCGGUGGUGAGAGGGGCGGGAGAGGGUAACAGCUCUUUGAUCCCACCCAGCGACAUCACUACAAACCCAAGCUUGUACAACAAUAUUGACUACGACGAGCAGAUAAGAGCACCAAGAAUGAACAACAUAAAUUAUUACACGUACAAUACAGCCAGACAACAGACUGGCGAGAGGGGUGGCAGCACAGUUAGUGGAGUGGGAUCAGGUUCCAUUUCUUCUUCGCGCAAGGAUUCUGGCGAGAGCAAGGAUAAUUCAAGUACACCAUCAACCACAGCAAACACAUCGCCAAGCAACGACGCCAAAACUCUCGGCAACAGAGACAGCGAUGAAAACUACCUCCCAGCCAAUUUUGACUUGAACCAGCCAAUCAGGAGAUUUUCCACUGCUUCAAAUAAUACUACGUCAGAAUCUCCCAAGACUGCCAUACUCAACUACACCACUAACAACUACAUAUAUGAGCGGAACCAGGGACCCCGUAAGGUCUUCGAGGAUGGCUUGGAGCCUGCCCAGCGAGAUUCACAACUGCAGCUUCUACAACAUCAACUGCAGGAACACCAAAAUCAGCACCAACAAGAACAACACCAAAAUCAGCAACACCAAAAUCAGCACCAACAACAACACCAACAACAAGAUCGUCAUCAGCAGCACCUGCACCUGCACCAGCAAGAACAACAACCGGACGCUGGUGCUGAGGAAGCCAUUAAUAAGGAUAAACUUUUAAAGGCUCUAGAAAACCUCAAAAACAAUACCACAACCAGAGAAAGACAACGUAGCACGGCUAGUAACAGCAGUACUGGUAGCAAUGGAAGCCAAAACAGUACAAGAAUCAAAAAUAGGACUUCGAACAUGCCCUAUAACAACCACUUGUUGAAUCGUAAUGGAACAGAACUUCAACAGGUGUAUGAACUUAAGAAGCCCUUGUGCACACCAGCAGUAUUGAGACCGAUAGUAACCGGUAGUAACAGUAGCAACAAUGUCAACACUGGGAAUUCGCUUACCCCCACGUCAUCUGCGACAGCUACACCUGGGGAAGUCUUGAAUUCAUUAUCCACAAUGGAUUUGAUAACACCUAAUCAGACUGGCACUUCCACUCCUGGUAAUACGAGUAGUGAUGGUGCUGAACCAAAUGGUUCUCCUACAACACCUUACGUUGACAUCAAAGCUUUUCCAUUUUCGCAAAGUAAUGGGUUAACUUCCAUCUCACCAACACUUAGAGUCGACCCUCAGAGGACCGAGACUUUCACUCAGACGACUACAAAAUUAGACUUGAGCACCCAACCUGUAGAACCAACACAUGAACAUUGGAAGCCCAAUAACUUCACCAGUCAUUGUAUGAAAUGUGUGGGAGCAUUUGGGAAUUUCUUUACUCCUCAAAGGAAGAGAAGACAUCAUUGUAGAUUUUGUGGAUUGAUCUUCUGUUUUGAUUGUUUAUGGCAGCUUGAUGUGGAUCUGGCAAACACCACAGGUGGUGGAGUUGGCAGUAACAUUGCUUCCAAUAGGUUGACCAGAUCAGUUUCAAAUAGUUCUAUGCAAGUCCGUAGUACCACCAGCAGAGCAGACGGUAAUAACUACAAUAAGAAUUCGCAGGCAUUAUCGCAGUCCAACCCUACCGCGGUACCUUCAGCUGCUAAUGAUAGUGUAGGUGGAGUGUUGAUGGAUUCUGAGGCAAGGUUUGUGAUUCCAAUUUUCCAAGAGGUUCAAAAGCAAGCUCUCUCUAUUCAAUUCGAAGAUCACUUCAAAUUCUGCAAGGUAUGCAAGGACUGUGGUAAUAAGUACCAAAAUUUGAUUGGAGAAUUGAAUUCCGGUGAAGAAGUGAAGGAUGCACCAUUUUUGUUUAUCGAAAACCCUUACUUGCAGCAGACUAGAAAAACCACAAGUGGUGGGGGCAAUAACAUGUACAGUAAUUUUGAGUCUAGGCAAAAAUUGAUUGAGAGAGGUAGACAAAUGAGUGGAAUAAAUGAGAGUGAUCUUCCGGCAGGAGAAUUCGAUGGGGUUCAAAAGCUGCAAACGAGUAAUGUACCAUCGGAUUGGAGCUGGAGUUCAUUCUAA